AUGUUCUCGCGGGUUGCACGUCCUCUGCAAGGACUUCGAAGCAUUGCUUCCAUUCCAAAGUUUGCUAGAGCUACUAGUUCUAUUGCUCAUACCCUUAAAGUAGCUGAAAAGAUUGAAAAGACUAGAGCCCAAGCACUUUUAGGAGGAGGUCAGAAGCGCAUCGAUGCUCAACACAAAAGAGGAAAGCUCACAGCUCGUGAACGUAUCAACCUUCUUUUGGAUAAGGGAUCAUUCCGGGAGUAUGACAUGUUCGCUGAGCACACCUGCACUGAUUUCGGCAUGCAGAAAGAAAAAUACCCAGGAGAUUCAGUAGUUACUGGUCGCGGAGAAAUCAAUGGACGUACAGUCUUCGUCUUCUCUCAAGAUUUUACCGUUUUCGGUGGAUCUCUAUCUUCUGUACACGCUAAGAAAAUCGUUAAAAUAAUGAAAGACGCUAUGCUUGUUGGGGCUCCCGUUAUUGGAUUGAACGACUCUGGCGGAGCCAGAAUCCAAGAAGGAGUUGAGUCUUUAGCUGGAUAUGCUGAUAUUUUCCAGUUAAACGUAAUGGCCUCAGGUGUUGUACCUCAAAUUUCACUUAUCAUGGGACCAUGCGCUGGAGGAGCCGUGUACUCUCCCGCUUUGACUGACUUCACUUUCAUGGUUCGUGAUACUUCGUACCUCUUCAUCACUGGACCUGAUGUCGUCAAAGCUGUGACUAAUGAAGAAGUAACUCAAGAAGAACUUGGAGGUGCCAAAACGCACACUGUUACCUCUGGAGUCGCUCAUGGCGCCUUUGAAAAUGAUGUAGAUGCUAUUUUGAAUCUUCGCGAAUUGUUCAGUUAUCUUCCAUUAUCAAAUAAGGACGCUGCUCCUAUUAGAGCUUGUGAUGAUGCUUGGAAUCGCUCUGUCCCAUCUCUCGACACUGUUGUACCAUUGGAGAGUACCGCUGCGUACAACAUGAAAGACGUUGUUACUGCAUUAGUUGAUGAAGGUGACUUCUUCGAAAUCAUGCCUGAUUAUGCCAAGAAUCUCGUUAUCGGCUUUGCUCGUAUGAAUGGUAGAACUGUUGGAAUCGUCGGAAACAACCCUAAAUUUGCUGCUGGAUGUUUGGAUAUCAAUUCAUCUGUGAAAGGAGCACGUUUUGUUAGAUUCUGCGACAGUUUCAAUAUUCCCAUCAUCACUCUUGUUGAUGUCCCAGGGUUCUUGCCUGGUACAGCUCAAGAGUAUGGUGGAAUCAUUCGGCAUGGAGCUAAGCUUCUUUAUGCUUUCGCUGAAGCUACUGUUCCUAAGAUCACAGUUAUCACGAGAAAAGCUUUCGGUGGAGCUUAUGAUGUUAUGGCCUCGAAGCAUCUCCGUGGUGACAUCAAUUACGCCUGGCCAACUGCUGAAGUUGCCGUCAUGGGAGCUAAAGGAGCUGUAUCCAUUCUGUUCCGAAAUGAUAAGGAAAAUGCUGCUAAGCAUGAGGAGGACUAUACUGACUUAUUCAGUAACCCAUUCCCUGCUGCCGUGAGAGGUUUCGUUGACGACAUUAUUCAACCAGCAGAGACCCGUAGACGCCUUUGUGAGGAUUUGAACAUGUUAGAAAGCAAGCAGAUGUCAAACCCAUGGAAAAAGCAUGGAAACAUCCCACUUUGA